CUUUAACGCGCUUCACUUGUACAGUACGUUACAAAACACAAAAAGUCAUUAGGUGCGCCAACCAUUCCCUAAUAUUGUCAUUGAAAUGGAGAAGAAAAAAAUAAAAAGUGUAAUAGAAUUCUUUUCUACUCCAUUGGAUGAAGAAGAACUAAUUGAUGGAGAAAGCAAGCCCGACGAAUUGUACACCCUGUGCGACGAUCCUAUGCAAGUACCUAUCAAACUCAUUGAUGAACAGCUAAGGUUCGUUGAUCUUGCAACAGUUCAAGACCUUUUUGUUGACAAUUCAGGAUUUCUUGUUGUUGGUGCCAUUGGUUUACAGGGUUCGGGUAAAUCGUCAGUGUUAAAUAUAUUGGCGAAUUGUAUUUCUGAUAAUUGCGGAGUUUUUGAUGCUCCUUUCAGUAUUCAAACUCUUAAAGAUGUAUUGACUAACAACCCAUGUACUGGUGGUAUUAACUUAUAUAUUACUCAGGAUCGUGUAAUUCUUCUGGAUGCCCAACCACUUCUUUCGUUUGCACUUACCAACUAUCACACUCACCUGGCUGCUACUGGUAACACGACGUCUUCUUCGUUGGGUACUCAUCCAGGACUUUCAUCUCUUAUAGGUCCUGGUAAUUGGAACAUCGAUGUUUGGGCUGAAAUGGCUUCUAUGCAGAUUGUCGCAUUUUUAAUAAAUGUAUGUCAUGUUGUACUUGUUGUCAGUGAUAAUUUAACUACUGCAUCAACUCAGUUACACCGGCUUAUUGAUAGAGCAAUAGGUCUUAAACCAACUGUUUUUACACCGAAUGCCAUGCCGAUCCAUACAUUACGCGGUCGUCAACAUUUUGAUGUACAUAAAAAAUCGUCAGAUACUGCUAAUAAUUGUACAGAUGUAAAGAAUUUAACAACUAGCAUACAAGGUUUGAAAAUUUCCCAUUUAAAUCAAACUAAUCCACCUAUUAUCAACGAAGAUAAUAAAAGUUUGGAAGUUGAAGAUGUUGAUAUUUCAUCUUUGUCUGAACAGCAGCAAAUUAUUGGGAACUACUCUACGUCAAAUCACCUUCUUGAACAAUAUCUUCAUUCUACUGAGGUUGAGUCUAAAGACGUUUCAAAUGCAAUCAAUCGACUGAUAAAUUUAACUGAUUAUUCAGCCUCUUUAAUUCAUGUAUAUAAUCAGGCCCCAGCAGCUGCAUUUUUGGAUCCGGUUGUCUGUGAAAAAUUAGAUAGAUAUAAGAAUAAAAUACUGCCACUUAUGUACCCGGAGUACAGAAGAUUGAUAUCACUUGUUACUGUUGGUCCAAGAAUUCUUUCCGCUCAUCUUCGGUCACGAAAUCGUGAUCAGCCUGCAACUACACGUCAAAACUCUGUUCAAAAGGAUACUUCUACUGAAAUAAAUCGUAACACUACUGAUGCAAAGCUAACUAAAAACAGUUCAGAAAAUCGUCUAGUUCCUGAAAAUUUUAUCGCGCAAGAUUAUUCAAGUUUUCUAGAUACUCAGGAGAAUUCUGUACUACCUACUUCAUCAGGAUUUUCUCAACCGUCCUCAGUUUCAUCUGACAAAGGACAUGCGUCAUCGUCACAGAAGCCUUCAAAUAUCAGUGCGGAAACAUUGAUUUCAGUACAAGUUGAUAAUGGAUCGAAAUCUAAUUCAGCUUCAGUCAAUACAGUUCAAGAGAAAUCAAAAGUUGUUCCCGGUGAAAAAAAUGAUGGGUUUAUUUCUUUGGAUAACAGUAAUAAUAAUAGUAAUAAUUGUGUUAGAAAAUUUGGCUUGUCGGAAUCAGAGAUAGUAUCGCAGUGUUGCAAUGUUUUACACAAUGUGGAAGAUGAACUCAAUUCUAUUUUGAAACAAACUACCUUAUCUGCUAAUGUUAGCCACCAAAAAAAGACUGUAGAUAAACGAUCGGAAACAUUACCAAUUGAAGAUCAGCUCAUUGAUUAUGACUUAUUACGUGUACCUGGUAUUAAUGGUGAAAAGUUGAAUGCCAGUCUUGUUCAAAUGUAUCAUGACGUACAAACCACUAGAUGUAACUUUUUCGAUGUUCAAAAGCGAUUAGAUCAACCAAGAUUGUUCUUGAUACCAGAAGUUGACGAUGAAGGACAUUCACCAUUAGGAUGUCCAACAUAUUUGACAUCAGCCCGUAUUUUACAAGAAGCUGUUUUCUCUACACCUCGACAACAUAUGAUGCCUAACUUCACAGAGAAGAAGUGGAUAACUUAUGUUCAUAAAAUGUGGGAUGCUGUAAUACAUUCUCCUUUGUUAUUGGAUUAUCAUUCUGUUCGGAUGAAUCAAAUUUAACUAUUGUAACUUUUAAAAUGCUAUCUCCUAUUUUGUUUUAUUACACUAAUUUAUCUUCACAUGGAAAUAUAAUUACAACUUUUC